AUUGUCAAAAACAGACUUUUAAACCAAUGUAAACAAGAAAUUGUGGAAAAAAAUCAACUAACUAAAAUAUAACAGCGAAAAUCCUAAGUAAUUUUUACUGAAUUUACUAAUUCGUGCCUAGAAGCAGUGCUUUACAUUUUGAUACGUGGAUAUGGAUAGCCCUAAUUCUCCAAAGACACAUAAUUACCAUUUUAAAAACGUCUACGAUGAUUACACUGAACAGAAUGCAAAACCUCAUAUUGAAAACAAAACAGUAAGUACCGGCAGCCUCAUUAAGUCCAGAUUGAAUUUUAAAUGGGAAUCAACAUUAAAAGAGCUAGAAGAUUGGAAUUCAACUGAUUAUUCAGUAUAUACUGGCACUGCUGGUGUGGGUAUGUUGUUAUUACGAAAGGCACCAAAUGAUAAAAAAAAUUUAAGGAACAUUAGAAAAAACUAUUUGCAACUGGAUCAUUUAAAGAACCGUAGUGUGUCUUUCUUAUGUGGUGAUGCAGGACCAUUAGCACUUGCUGCUGUAAUAUCACAUAAAUUAGAAGAUAAUAAAAUAUUUGACUUCUGUAUUAAGAGAUUAGCAGCUUUCUCAAAAGUUGUAAAGAAUACUAGUUCUGAUCUAGCUAAUGAAUACCUAUAUGGGAGAGCUGGCUAUUUAUAUGCCUUAUUAUAUGUCAAUAAACAUGUUUCACCAUCACCUUUUAAUGAAAGUGUUAUAAGAAGUGUGAUCAGUGCUAUUUUCACAUGUGGCGAAACACUAGCAAAACAUUUAAAAAUUGAAAAAGACUGCCCUUUGAUGUUUGAAUGGCACAACACAAAAUAUUUGGGAGCAGCUCACGGUAUAUCAGGAAUAAUAUAUCUGUUGUUACAGGCAAGAGACUAUCUUUUAGAGGACGAAUUAAAUAAUUUAAUAAAACCAACUAUUCAGUUUUUAACAACAUUAAGAUUUCCAACUGGAAACUUUCCUUCGUCUUUAGGACCUGGAAAAGCUGAUAAAUAUGUGCAGUGGUGUCAUGGUGCUCCAGGAUUUCUUUACAUGUAUUGUGCAGCUUAUAGGGUUUUUGGAGAGCAGCAUUAUUUAUAUUCGGCUCUGAAAUGUGCUGAUAUAAUAUGGUGGAGAGGUUUGCUCAAGAAAGGCUAUAGUUUGUGUCAUGGGGUUGCUGGCAAUGCUUAUUGUUUUAUUGAACUAUUCCAAACAACGAAGGAUGAGAAGCAUCUCUACCGUGCAAUUAAGUUUGCAGAAUAUUGUUUAGAUCAUACUAAAAAUCGGGAACAGUGUACCCCAGAUCGGCCCAUGUCCUUAUUUGAAGGAAUUUCGGGACCUAUGUACCUGCUUUUGGAUCUGCAAGAACCAGAAAAUGCUAAGUUUCCAGGUUUUACCCUAUAAAUUUUAUCAGUAGAUUAUCAUCAGUUUGAAAAACUCUGGUAAUCCCCAAUUUUGAUUUGGUUGAAUUUUCUGAUACAGCUUUUUUUGUGUAAAAGUAUAUCUGAAUAAAUUGUGCUUUGAA